AUCCAUUUUACCAGUAGUUUAUAUAAUAUUUUUAAUUCUUUAACUCCACCAUGAACGCUCCCUUGCUUCCUUGACACCUUUUCCUCUGUUUUGUGUUACCCGUUUUUCUCUCUCUCUUCCUCUUUCUUGUUGCCCAUCAUUUAUAACUUUAAACAAUGGUUCACCACCGUUAUUUUGCUUGAAAAGCACACCUUUAGCCCCCUUUUUUCUCUUAAGUUUUUGAAAAUAAACACAACCCGGAUUUCAGUUCCCUCUUAAUGAUCCAAAUGUGUAAAGUUCCGGUUCAACAAGACCAUGAAACCAUGCCAAGUUUCGAUCUUUGCACAAGGUUCAAACAUUUCAAACUCUUCGAAUCAUCUGUGGGUGUUCUAGGCUUCUUCCUCGUUGCCGUUUGUGUGAUUUGUUGCUUCUUCUACUUGGAUUAUAGAGCUGUGGCUAAAGGGUAUAUGGUUCCUAAUCAGGGUGAAAGAUUCAUGUGGCUUAAACUAGAUGAGUCUUCUUCUUCAUCGAUAAGUGAGAUUAAAAUAGAUGAUUUCUUGAGCACUGAAGGUGAAGGGUGUGACGUGUUCGAUGGUGAUUGGGUCUGGGAUGAAAGGUACCCUCUUUAUGAAUCCGAAGAUUGCAGCUUUCUUGAUGAAGGGUUUAGGUGUACUGAAAAUGGACGGCCAGAUUUGUUCUACACCAAGUGGAGAUGGCAGCCUAAGCAUUGUAACCUCCCCAGAUUUGAUGGGAAGGUGAUGUUGGAGAAGUUGCGGAACAAGCGCUUGGUGUUCAUCGGUGAUUCGAUCGGAAGAAACCAAUGGGAAUCACUCCUCUGCAUGCUUGCUUCCGCUGUCGAUAAUAAAGAUUCGAUAUACGAAGUGAAUGGCAAUCCGAUCACGAAGCAUAAAGGGUUCUUGGUGUUCAAGUUCAAGGAUUAUAAUUGCACCGUGGAGUACUACCGAUCCCCUUUCCUCGUCUUACAGAGCAGGCCGCCUCCCGGGUCUCCACAAUACAUCAAGACAACCCUCAAGUUGGAUCAAAUGGAUUGGAAUUCUAUUAGGUGGAAAGAUGCGGAUUUCUUGGUCUUCAACACCGCUCAUUGGUGGAACCAUGAGAAGACCAUUAGAAUGGGAUGUUUCUUUCAAGAAAGGAAGAAAAUCGAAACCGAGAUGACCGUAGAACAUGCAUAUCGGAGGUCUUUAGAGACUGUGAUGCGGUGGAUACGUAAUGAGGUGAACACAAGUAAGACCAAGGUCUACUUCCGCACAUUCGCUCCCGUGCAUUUCAGCAGAGGAGAUUGGAAAACCGGGGGAAGCUGCCACCUAGAGACGCUGCCAGAGCUGGGAACGCCGUCAGUUCCAACAGAAACUUGGGAAUUUCUCGAAACCGUGAAGGACGUGUUAUCAGUUCACUCGAAUUCAUCUAAUGGAAUAAAACUCGACAUAUUAAACGUCACUCAAAUGACAGCACCGAGGAAAGAUGGUCAUGCAUCGCUAUAUUACUUAGGUCCCAAGGAAAGUCCCGCUCCGAUUCAUCGGCAGGACUGCAGUCAUUGGUGCCUUCCCGGAGUACCCGACUCGUGGAACGAGCUAUUCUAUGCAGUGUUCCUCAAGCAUUCUAUUAAUAGCACAUUCGACUCAUCGACAUACGAAGCAAAGUUGUGAUCCAUUGUUGAAGAUUCUAAUUUAUACACCACCUAUACGGAACAUAGAGCAAGUUAACAGUGUUUUUUGGCAUAAGAUCUCAAGUUGGUCUAUCAUUUUGCAGUGUUAGAUUAUGAAGGAAAACCCCCUUUUUCAGAUGGUUGAUAUUGAUUGAAGAACCCUAAUUUUGGGAACCAAGUUGUAGGACAAAUUAUACCUUUGGUUGGGUAUCCUUGGGGGAUAAAUAUGUAAUUAUCAUUCUUUUAAGAUAGUUUC